AUGGCCUGGGCAGGACCGGGCGACAGAGAUGGCAGAGAUUGGGCACGUCCCGGCAGGCUGCCCCCGCGGACGACGACGACCCGAGGAGGACUGCAAAAUGCUGGCUUUGCCGUGGCAGCCUUUGUUGCGCGAUGCGGGCGGGCGCCGGGAGGUCUGAGCGGCAGCCUUCAGCGCUGCCGCAGGCAACGGGAGGAGGUCGAGAAGGACGAGGAAGUGGUGCAGGUGCCAUGCAUCUUCUAUGGCCUGAAGCGGGAUGACGUGGGUAUCGAACGAGUGUCAGUCGUGGAGGUGUCAAACGGUGAGAAGCUCCGGCUGAUGUUCAUCGAUCGGGGAAGCCCAGUGACUGGUGAGCUUCCGGCCCUCGCCGACGAGGUCUUUGCGAAUUGCCAGUCCUAUGCCUUCACAUGGAGCACCUCCUCUGACGGUCAGAAAUGCGUGAGAAGGUCGGUGGUUGAGCUGGGCUCUGGCCAGAUCACCUACGAAGACCCAGGCGUCUUUGCCUCUUAG